CCGGAACUUCUCACUUCCACAAUCUCUCCUCCCAGCAGCUGAUAGUAUUGCAAGCUUGCGAUCAACGACCAGCAUCACCUUAGCUCACCGUGAUUUGCAGCUUUUCGAAGUGACGAGUGACAGACUUGUACAGACGUAAAUUUAUACAAGCCCUGAACAGAGAGAAUGGGUGUUGACUACAUCAGUUAUGGAUAUGCCGCGGCAGUAACCGUGGGAGGGAUCGUAGGAUAUGUUAAAGCUGGCAGCAUACCAUCUCUUGGGGCUGGGCUGCUGUUUGGUUCACUCCUAGGCUUUGGUGCCUACCAGCUAAGCAGCAACCCUUCCAACUACUACCUUACACUUGGUACCAGCACAGUCCUUGGAGGGAUCAUGGGGAUGCGCUUUCUUAAUUCUGGCAAGAUUAUGCCAGCAGGUUUAAUCGCUGGACUGAGCCUGGCCAUGGUGGCAAGAUUAGGAGCCAGGGCUGCUGGACUCACAGGCACAAAGAUGCAGUAAUGACUUUCAGAAACAUUCUUGACUGUAGUAGCAGCAGUAGGCACUAAUAUUACUACAACUACUGAUGGUAACAAUUACAAUAAUUGAUCUAUAUACCAGACUGACAUCCUCCAUAACUGACAGUAAUAUUGGUAAGAUUUAUAAAGUUGUAGUCAAAGGCCAAAACAUAUAACUAACUUGUAACUGACAAUACUGUAGUUCUAAGAACAAGUCACAUGCUUCCUUUGCAGUGGUAGAAUAAUUUACUACAUUCCAUUCUUGUUGGUAUCUUUCUGCAGUUGUUAUUAUUAGUAGUAAUAGUAAUGAAGUUGUUGUUAUUAUUAUAAAUCUACUGCUACUAAGUGGAAAUUUAGUAUCAUAUAGUAUAUGUAUAUGCAUUUUUAUAGUAUCUGAUCAGUUUGAGGGGGACAUUUUCCUGUUUACACAAAUCAGUAGUAGGAGUCCAUUUGUGGAAAAUUGUGUUGCACAUGUUUUGCCAUUCAUAUUUGUAUUUGUAGUGCAUUUAUAUAAAAAUGAAAAA